AUGGUCCUCCUCCCCAGCAGCGCCGCCGCGACGGCGAAAGCCAAGGCCUGGGUCGCCCAGCAGCUCCAGACGGACUCAUAUACCACCAAUCAAUCGACGGGCAGCCGCGCCGCGCGCCUCUCGGAAAUCGAGAAGCUGGCCAUUGACGUGGCGGACCUCGAGAAGCAGGUCCAACAAGCUAGAAAGCGCGCGGACUACGCCCGGCGCGCGCGCGCGGGCACGCGCACGAAGGCCAAGGCCGCCGCGCGCAUGCCCCACGACGCUCCUCCACCUCCGCCGCGGCGCCGCCGUUCCGAGGAGGAGGACGACGACGCGUUCGACGAGAUGCAGAGCGGUCUCGAUUCACUGAGGGAGAAGCGCGACAAGGCGCGGCAGCGGGAACUCAAGGCCGAAGCGCAGACCAAGCAGGCCGAACUAGAACUGGCCAAGUGCCUCGAAACCUUAGAGAGAGCGGCGCAGCGCCGGUCGGCGGCGCGGCGCGGGGAAGAUGAAGGCGCGCCCUGGGUCGCGGCGGCGCAGGCCGAGCGCGACGCCUUCGAGAGCGUGCAGCGGAUGGCGGCGGCGCUGCCUGGUAAUAGAGGUCCUGGCGCGGCGGACGUUGCGGAACUGCGGGACCGCGUGCGGAAGCAGAAGGACCAAUGCCGGGCGCUGCGAAAACGGGCGUCCUCUAAAAGACGCCUCGCCGAGGCCUGGCGCGACGACGCGCAGCUCCACGCGAAGUGCGCGCUGGAUGCCGCCGCGCGGCGCGACGCGCACGAUUUAGGAAGGGCGUCGCGCCUGGCGCGGUCGGCGGUCCGCGCGGAGAGACAUGUCGCGGAGGCGGAGACGCGCGAGGAGGCCUUCGCCCGACGCGCGGCGUUCGCCUCGGAGUUCAAAACAGAGUAA